AGCGACCGGCGAGGAGGACUGAGGAUCAGCGGGACUGUACCGUUAACAUUUCGGUGUCAGUGACCGGAAGACAGUUCUACUGGCACGCUGCCUCGUCUUUAUUUUAUUUUAUUCUGUUUUUUCUCUUUUCUUCUCUGACUCCAGACUGCAGAGGAGACGCGCAGAGUCGAGUUAACACAGGUUGAGCGGCGUAAGCAGAGACUCGGAGACGGAGAGAGGGAGCAGGAGGGAGAGCUGGGAGCUCGCGACUGUCAAGUGAAUAUCCAAAAACCCGUUGUUCCAAAGCUUUAACGGUCUCCAACAAACCAGGAAAGGUGCUAAUGUGGAUUUUUAGGAGUGUUUAACAAACUCUGUCCAACCUGAGGGAGAUUUUCACUGGAAUAAUUAGACUUUUCCGCCCUUUUUUGUGCCUUGGAUAUUUUUUUUUCUUGUAGUGGAAUUCUUCCUGUUUUACCUGCACGAGGACAGCGACCGGCGGGAAAGGAGUGCGGAGAGGAGGCAGUGCCGAGAAGAAGAAGGAGAAAAAGAGAAGAAAAGAAGCGGUUGAAGGGGAGGAGGGAGGGGGGGACCAUUUCACCUUCUCUCGGAUGGGAUUCUUCCCUCAGCCCGCGGAUGGAGGGAUGAAACCGGGAGGAAAAGACGGGGAGAGAGAGAAAGAGAGAGGAGGGAGAAGAGGAGGAUGUAGUCGUCGGGCGCUGUGAGAAUGCAAAACGGACGCACCCCUCUGGAAGAAAGGAUUGAACUAUAAACCCAUACGGAAUUUACAGCCACCCAAAGGAUAUCACAGCUAUUUACCUCGACACACACAUAUAUGGGGCAUAUUCUCUUCUCUGGAAGCUAUUUGUGUGGAGUUACAACUAUAAGCAGCACUAUCCUUUGAAUUAUGGGAUUUGGAAUUGCGCCCUGACACUUGGAGAACGAAGGAGCAGUCACACCCGGAGAGAGUGAGUAAAAUCAGAAGGAAGAUUCUGGACCUUUACCCACAACCAUGAUGUUGUAGCCGUGGUAACAUGUGAAUCCUGAAGAAGAGUGUCAUCCACUUUUACAUCCCUGAAGGUGUCGUGUCCAGGUGGGGUGAUAACCAUGGAGAGGCUGUUGCUGUGUGUAAUGCUGGCAGUUGCCAUGGCGGUGCGGGCACAGAUCUGCCCGAAGCGCUGUGUAUGUCAGAUCCUGUCACCCAACCUGGCGACCCUCUGUGCCAAGAAAGGUCUACUGUUUGUACCGCCCAACAUUGAUAGGCAUACAGUGGAGCUACGGCUGGCGGACAACUUUGUCACAAGUGUGAAGAGGAAAGAUUUUGCAAACAUGACACGGCUGGUGGACCUUACCUUAUCCAGGAACACCAUCUCCUACAUUACACCUCAUGCCUUUGCUGAUCUGGAAAACCUCAGAGCUCUACACCUCAACAGUAACCGCCUGACAAGGAUAGGCAAUGAUACAUUCAGCGGGAUGUCGAAGCUUCACCACCUGAUUCUGAACAACAACCAGCUGGUGCUGAUCCACCAGGGAGCAUUCAACGACCUGCUGGCGCUGGAAGAAUUGGACCUCAGUUACAAUAACCUGGACUCUAUUCCUUGGGAGGCCAUCCAGAGAAUGACUAGCCUCCAUACGUUGAGUUUAGACCACAACAUGUUGGACUACAUUCCAGAGGGAACGUUUUCCCUGCUACAGAAACUCAACCGGCUGGAUGUCACCUCGAAUAAGCUCCAAAAGCUGCCACCGGACCCACUUUUUCAAAGAGCGCAGGUCCUGGCCACAUCAGGGAUCAUGACCUCCACUUCCUUUGCAUUGUCGUUCGGUGGGAACCCUCUUCACUGCAACUGUGAGUUACUGUGGCUGCGAAGGCUGAACAGGGAGGACGACCUGGAGACAUGUGCUUCACCCCAACACCUCUCUGGCCGAUACUUCUGGUCCAUCCCUGAGGAGGAGUUUCUCUGUGAACCUCCACUCAUCACCAGAUACUCCCAUGAGAUGAGGGUGCUUGAAGGGCAGAGAGUCACACUCAGGUGUAAGGCAAGAGGUGACCCAGAGCCAGCCAUCCACUGGAUCUCUCCUGAGGGCAAACUGGUCUCUAACUCCUCCAGAACGUUGGUCUACAACAACGGGACACUGGACAUCCUUAUCAGUACGGUGAAAGACACCGGCUCCUUCACCUGCAUCUCCUCCAACCCUGCAGGCGAAGCCCACCAAACAGUAGACCUAGCGAUUAUAAAACUCCCCCACAUCUCCAACAACACCAACAACAUCCAGGAGCCUGACCCAGGAUCAUCUGACAUUUCCACGUCGACCCGAGGCGGAGCCAACGGGAGCAACGUGACGGGCGACGUGAAGGGCGGGGUGGAUAAAAGGGUGGUGACAGCUGAGGCCACGUCAUCCACGGCGCUGAUCAAGUUCAACUUCCAGAGGAAUAUUCCAGGCAUUAGGAUGUUCCAGAUACAGUACAACGGGAGCCAAGAUGACUCGCUGGUUUACAGAAUGAUCCCCCCAUCAAGCAAGAACUUCCUGGUCAACAACCUGGCAGCAGGGACGCAGUACGACCUCUGCGUGCUGGCCAUCUACGAUGAUGUCAUCACCUCCCUGACAGCAACACGUGUGGUCGGCUGUGUGCAAUUCACCACCGAGUCAGAGUACAUGAGGUGUCAUUUUAUGCAGUCUCAGUUCCUUGGCGGGACUAUGAUCAUCAUCAUCGGAGGGAUAAUAGUGGCUUCGGUGCUCGUUUUCAUCAUCAUCCUGAUGAUACGGUACAAGGUGUGUAACCCUGGUGAGGGGGGAAAAGGCGUUUCAUUGUCGAUGACCAACGUUCACUCACAGACCAACGGGCAGCAGUCACAGGGAUGCACUGUGACUCCCAGCUCCUCCAAACACGGCUCAAUCGGAUUAGACGACCUCUCAGGAGGCCCAAAGAAAAGGAGCGGGGCAGGAGGAGGAGGAGGAGGGGGCAAGGAUACCAUGACUCAGUCGUCCGACUCAUCCCUGCCUGACUGCUCUACGGCUACGUCAGUUCUCAGCCAGCCCUGGGCAGCCAGGAGCCCAACAACUGCGGCUGAGGAACGAGAGAAAGUGGGUGAAGAGAGAGCUCAAGCUGCCGUCUCCUCACCCACCGGCACCAGCGGUUCACUAACCAAGCCAAAGCGGAAGCCCGCUCUGAGUAAGCCGGGCUCAGCUUGCUCCAACACCUCAGCUACUCCUGAAAACCUCCCCUCUUCCUCCCCUCGCCCUCCUUCCUCCUCCUUCUCCACCGCCUCCUCAGCCCUCCUCCCCUCCACCCCUCUGGAGAACCUCAACACCAACCGCAACAACUCCACCUCUCUCAACCAAACCCCGACUCCCUUCAUCCACUCCGCUUUCUCCAGCCCUCUUGCUUCCCCGAGCCCCGUCCCCUCCAUCCGAUUUAGAGAGACGCCCAUCCUGCGCAGGGCUCCCCGGGCCUCCGCUUCUUCCUCCGCCAAGUACCAGACUCUCCCCGCGGAGGAGGUGGGGAGGAGCAGGGCGAGGAGGAGGUACUCGCUCAGUGAAGGAGGCUCAAAGACUCACUCGUCCAAUCAGGGAGGAGGAGCACCCAAAAUAGGGCGCAUAUUGCGGAACAAAAGGAGCCAAUCAAUGAGCGGAAUGCUACUUCCGAAAGACGGGGAUGGAGACUCGGACAAAGGGCGGUGUGAUUCAGACUGGAUCUUAGAAAGUACAGUUUGAACUGGAACGAGACAGCAACCAUGAAAUAAACUUUGGUUUAUCCAUUAUUGUUUAUCUUUUGUAUGAGUGUAUGUCUGAGGUUUUGCGUGUGUGUGUGUGUGUGUGUGUGUGUGUGUUAGUUUAAAUUUGUCUUGGGGUGUGUGAGUGGAGGCUAAGGUGUGUUUGUGACAUAUGAAAGUGUGUGUUGUUGCCGUUUAGGAUGUGCGUUUUCAGUGUGUACAGUGUGUGUGUUCAUGUCGGAACCUUUAGGGUGACUGUGUGUUUCUGGGUGAAAGCGUGAGCAUACUUUUUCUUUUUCAGACUUUUUUUAAUUAUUUUCAUAUUGUUUCUCCACAUUUCUUUGUAUUCAGUUUACAGCUUUUUUCACUUUGACAGUUUCCUAUCUGUUUUUUCAGUCGGUCAUUCAGCGAGUGGACAACUCGUCUUGUCUCGUAGCGUCCUCGAGUUGUCUCGUUGGUUCCACUUUAUAGCACAAAACAAAACAAGACAAUGGGCUCGCCACGACAUUUCCCGAUUCACACUCACCUUAUCUGAAAAUACCACGAAAAGGGAAUUAUAACAGGAAAAAAAGGAAUAAAAAAAAACAAUACAAGAACUGCAAAGCACACCAUUCCUACCUUCACACGCCCACAGGAAGUGUGUUUCCAUAACGCGGCAAGAGAAAAGCAGUCGGUGCCUUCUUUUGCACUAACAGACCCUCUGACAGAUGAUAUAACCGGAUUUAGGACUCCACCACGCUCCCUGAACGAGGGAUUAGGACGGAGGGGACAGACAAAAGGAAGAGAGAGAGAUUUCACACAUAGCCUUUCUUACCUACUGAGGAGUACAGACGUUUCUUGACAAAUAGACAGACACAAACUGAGACAAAAAGUGACACAUGAAGACUAACGGACCUCUUAUGAAAUUGAUAUUUUUUAAAGGGAAGAAUUAAAAAAAAAAAGAACAUAAAAACCCUGUGAGCUUUUCACUGAUGUUGGUCACAAGCUCCCAGAAGGCUUCUGUACAGAAAAAGACAACAUGUACCGUGUUGUUAUGUUGUGUAAAAUAA